CAUUACAUCAUUAUAAUGCGACGAACUGAGCAAGGACAGAUGUUAACGUGCAUGCUGAUGACUUCAAUUAUAACUGCAGGCUGUUUGGUUCGCGACAACGACAAUUAAUAAACAGUCUUUGUUUACAUCCUAACGUUAUCUAAAUAGUGUAUUUUCGGAGCAGCUGUUCACAACAAAAAGCGACGCCCAAGCAACACAUUUGAAGAUGUCUGUAACGGAGAUGUUUAGCUAUAUCCAAGGCUUUCUGAGUGCCGAUCAAGAUAUUCGAGAGGACAUAAGAAAAGUUGUACAAGUUUUGGAGCAGACGGCGAGAGAGAUCCUUACUGUUCUUCAAAGUGUCCAUCAACCGAGUGGUUUCAAAGACAUUCCCAGCAAGUGUCUGAAGGCCAGAGAGCUUUUCUGCACUGUAAGAAACCACACUGGAGAACUGAAAACGAAGUUCCCUGUGGAACAGUACUAUCGGUAUCAUGAACACUGGAGAUUUGUUCUUCAGCGACUUGCCUUCCUUGCAGCUUUUGUGGUAUACCUGGAAAGCGAGUCCUUGGUUACACGUGAGGAAGUGGCACAAAUACUUGCCAUUGAAGUUGAUAGAGAAAAAGGGUUUCAUUUGGAUGUGGAAGACUACCUUGCAGGAGUUCUUAUUUUGGCCAGUGAGCUGUCCAGGCUGGCAGUGAACAGCGUGACCGCGGGGGACUAUGGGCGUCCGCUGAGGAUCUCAAACUUUAUCAAUGAACUUGAUUCUGGCUUUCGGUUGCUCAACCUAAAAAACGACCCUCUUCGCAAGCGCUACGACGGCCUCAAGUACGACGUGAAGAAGAUCGAGGAGGUGGUGUAUGAUCUUUCCAUUCGGGGCCUUGCCAAGGAGCAGGAGGCUGGAGGAGAGAAGUAGAGGUGGUGUGGGAAUGCAAGAGGCCGCGGGGCACUACCCUGGCUGGGAUUCUCCACAACUGGAAUUGUGGUUAAACCUGUCAGCGAGCAGGCGGUCGGAGGAAGAGGGGAGGGAAUGGAGGUUUUGAAGCCCCAGCAGCCUUGGGCGGUGUCUUUUAUGCCACCACCACCCCCCCGUGACAGAGAUCCCUUCAGGUUUUAGAGGGGAGAUCUUCUCUUUCUCACUUUUGUUGAGAGAUGCUUAUGUACAGCUGCAUUUGUUUGCCUGUUUGUUUUUUUGAUUGGCUGCUUUUUACUAUUAUUGAUGUUUUUGUUUCAGCUAUCUCUCUUCUUGUGAAUCAUUGUACAGUCAAACAAGAAGGAAGGAAACAUUUUUGGCUGGGCGAUAUUUAAGAAUGCUGUUAAAAACAGUUCUGUGGCUUGUCCAGUUGAGACAUCAAAACAUUUUCUUGAUGCUGAACUACAUAUUACAUACAUAUACACAUAUAAUCAUUGCUUCAUUAGAUUGGAUUUUGUACCCAAGCACUUUUCUUGAAUGUAACUGUAAACGACACGUUAAUGAUAUCUUGCUAAGGUGUACAUAGUUAAACCUGUGCCAAAAUGUUUCAUUUCAUACUGCAAAUACAUAUUUAAUCUUCUAAAGGGAUAGUUCACCCAAAAAUGAAAAUUCUGUCGUUGAUUACUUCCCCUCAUGUCGUUUCAAACCUGUAAGACCCAUAAGAAUCUGAGAGCUUUCUCAUCAAAAAUAUCUCAGUUUGUGUUCCGAAGAUAAAUGGUCUUACGGGUUUAAAACAACAUGAGGGGGAGUAAUUAAUGACAGAAUUUUAAUUUUUGGGUGAACUAUCCCUUUAAAUCAUCUAGUGGUUAAAUCACCAACCACUUGCUAUUGGUACAUUUCAUGUAUUUCUCCAUUAAAAGGACAGUUAAUCAAAAAAAAAAAGUCUGUUAUCAUGUACUCGCCCUCAUGUCGCUCUAAACCUGACUUACUUUCUUCUGGGGAACGCAAUAUUUUCUUGUCUAUGUAAAGUCAAAAGUGUCCAGUGUUGUUUUGGACCCCUUUGACUUUAGUUACAUAGAGAAAAACAGUAUGAACAUCUUCAAUAUCUCUUCUUUUGUGAUGCUUAGAAGAACGUUAUGGUUUGGAACAACAUGAGGAUGAGGAUGAGAUUAAUACUUGACAUCAAAGUGAUUUCUUCGCUGGUUUAUCACUUCUGCUUUUCGGUUCAUGUGUUUCUUUUCCUUUGUUCUGGCUCUUAUGUUGUUGCAUGCUGAACUCCACCUGCAGACAGUGUUGUAUCAGAAAGAGCUUUGGAAAAAUAACACUAAAACCUUUCAAUCAAAUAUUUUCAAAGAACAAACAAACAGUGUGUUUGUUUUCCUUUGUAAAGCUUUAUGGCAACUUUUAUGUUCCUCCCUAUUUUGUUUGUUGAUUCUCAGUGCAUUGAGACUUGUUUUUAUUGCUCUUAUUGUUGUGGCUUCUUUGUGGGUGCAUGUUUUGUCUGCUCUUUCAGUGUUUUGGGGGGCUUUUACUGAAAACGGUUAAAAAGAAAUUCUCGGCAAUAACGCGUUGUGUUGUUUGUUUCUCUCCAAAGAUGGUUUCUCAACUCUUCUAAGUAUUUGCAUUUGAAAUGCUUGUGUUCGUGUGCUGGUUCAACUUUCUACUUUUCGCUUUUCACUGGGAAAACAUUUGCUCGUUCACUGAUGUAAUAAAGAUUCACUGCGAGUCA